GAUGGACGAGAACAACCUGGCCCUGGUCAUGACCCCCAACCUCAUGCCCACCCUGGAGAAAAACCUGUGUAGACAUCAGCUCCGACAAGCUGCUGAAGAUGCAGACAGAGAUUGUCAAGUUUCUCAUCCAGAACUCCCACAGCAUAGGUGCUGUUCCUGACAGUGUGUUGGAGCGAGCUGCCCAGCUGAGUGGGAAGGACAUGGACGGGCUGGUGUCAGGAGACGAACUUGACAAGAGCGUGGACUCCUUGUUGGACGGGUCGAAGACAAAGAGGAAGAAACGCAGGAGUGGAUCCAUACAAGGUAUAGUGAAUGGGAUCAGUCAGGGACUGAACAAGCUGAGGCAUGGCAGUUCAUCCUCCAUCAAAACACCAUCCAGACAGAACUCAAGCUCAGAUCAAGCAGACUCUGAGGUGAUCACCAACGUCCCAGCAGUGAUGAUGAGUGAGGUAACCCCCAGGAUCAUGCGCUCCACCAAGAGGAAGGCAGAGGACGACCAUGCCGCGUUCUCUGCAGCCAAGAGGAAAGCUAUUUUACAGCAGAUGGGGCAGAGACAGGCCAAGCCUCAGUACGGAGGGGCCAGCAGGACUCCUGAGGGUCUGCUGACUCCCAGCAACCUCAUCCAGGCUGAUUUAGAUGCAGACUCGAUAACAAGCCGACUGGACAGAGACUCGUACCGACAGUAUGCCACGCUCUGUUAUGGCCUGGACCGGUCCCUACAGCAGGCUGAGACCCCACUUACACACGCUCACAAGAAAAUGUGCAUCAGCAGUGACCAGCUCUUCACCCCCAGGUCCCCCACCAGCCCCAGCAUACAGUUCGUGGAGCCCCCGGGUCAGUCGGUCAGCUUCAAGGCCAGCUCUCUACAGGACUCCUUGCUGUCCACUGCUAGUCAGGGCAAGGCCACUCCCUCUAAGAAGAUUGGGAAAAUUUUGGCUGACAAGCUGAAAAGGCGCUCGAGUGGCAAGGCUGGUUGUUUCUCCCCCAGGCGAUCGUCAGGCGGCAGUAAGCUCAGGAGGUCCCUCAAGAAGAGGUUCAGCGGAGGCCGAGGAAAGUCUGAGAAGUCCCCCUUGGUACAGUCUACCAGUCUGAACCUGGAGAAUGUGGGGUCACGGCUGGCAAACCAUCCUCCAGACACAGGCCUGUCCACCCUCGACUUUGGCGCCAGCCCAAAGCUGAACGAGAAGGUGAGGGGGUCGUUCUUCAAAAUGCACGCAAGAGCAGGGCCUUCCAAGUCCUUACCUGUCCCCAGUACAGAAAGGCCAACCUCGCCCCUCCUUAACUUCAGUAGGAGGAGUAACGCCAUGGACCCCAACUCCUCCACCCUGACCACAAGUUCCACUAUGACAAGCUCCACAGAGGGAGCAAAGACCCCAGACGUCUCCAUGAUCAGCACAAGUUUCCUGAAUGAUACGUCCAGAACGCCCGAUGUGUCUGUCAUCACUACUAGCUCAAGGGACUCAAAAAACCCCUGAAGAGCCCGGCGGUGGGAAUGUGAUG